AUGUCAGGUCUAAUCAAGGGAAGAUUCCGUACAGAUAUCAAGUACAAGGCCAUUAUAGACAAGGCCAUCAGCGGUGAUAGAGUCGUCACUCACAUCUAUUUCGACGAUGGGGAAGAUUUGGAAUUAUCUACAUUGAUUGCAGGUUAUAGAGCUCCAAGAUCAAGUGAUCCUAAAAAUAACACUCCAGCUGAACCUUUUGGGGAUGAAGCAAAGAAAUACAUUGAGACAAGGCUAGUCAAUCAAAAAGUCUUUGUUCAAUUCAUUGGUACAAGCUCCACUGAUGUCCCAAUUGUCAAGAUUUAUCAUCCAGCAGGUAAUAUUAGUGAAAAAAUCCUUGAAGCUGGGUUAGCAGAAAUUGCUGAUUGGCAAUCAGGUUUUAUCAAUGCUCCUGGUAUGGUUCUCUUGAGAGAUGCUGAGAAGCGUGCUAAAUCAUCAGGUAAAGGUUUAUGGAAAUCUUUAGUUAAACCAACUCCAACUGUAUCAAAAACAGGUUCAACUUUUAAAGUUGGUGUUUCAAUUGAAGGUACAAUUGCUCGUAUAAUUUCUCCAGAUGCUUAUGCCAUUGAUUUACAAAAUGGUUCUCAACAAAUAGUGUAUCUUUCAUCAAUUAGAGCUCCAAGAUCAACUGAUCCAACUGCUCCUUUCUUACCACAAGCUAAAGAAUUUGUUCGUAAAUAUGUUGGUAAAAAAGUCCAAAUCUUGACAGAUGCUUUUAGAAAUGAAAAUCCAUUAGUUACAAUAACUUUACCAAAUGGUAAAAAUCUAGCUGAAACAGUCGUAUUGAAUGGUUAUGCAACUGUUAUUAGACAUCGUCGUGGUGAUGAUGAUAGAUCAAGUGCUUGGGAUUCAUUAAUUGAAGCUGAAUCAAUCUCUCAAAAAGAGAAAAAAGGUAUUCAUUCUUCUAAAAUUCCAGAACCUGAAAAAUUCAUUGAAGCUUCAGAAAAUUCUCAAAGAGCUAAAAUUCAUCUAAGAACUUUACAAAAUCAAUUGAAAAUUAAUGGUAUUGUGGAAUUUGUUAUAAGUCCAAAUCGUAUUCGUGUUUUAUUACCACGUGAAAAUAUCCGUCUUGUCUUGGUGUUUGCUGGGUUAUUAUCUUUACAAAAGGAAAAUCCAAUCAGUCAAAAAGUUAUUGAUUAUUCAAAUAAACAUAUCUUGCAAAGAGAUGUUGUCGUUGAAGUCUUUGACGUUGAUAAAGUUGGUGGUUUCAUUGGUAAUCUAUACAUCAAAGGUCAAAAUCAUCCAUAUCAAAUUGAAUUGUUAAAACAAGGUUUUGCAGAAAUUCAUGAUGGUUCAGUUUCUAAAACAAAAUAUGAAGAUCAAUUUUAUGAUGCUGAAGAAGAAGCUCAAGAUAAAAGAUUAGGUAUAUGGAUUAAUUGGGAUCCUGAAGAAGAAGAACGUAAAAUUCAACAAGAGGAGGAAAAAAGAAGAGCAAAAUAUGAAGAAAAAAUUGCUAAAAAUAAAAAACCAAAUGCAUUUGAUGAUGAAGAAGAUGAUAUUUCUCAUUUACCUGAAGCUGUUAGAAAAUUGGUCAUUAAACACUAA